AUGGAGUUCACAUUUUAUGAGAGGUUGGCUAUUGAACUGGAAGAACAAGGCCUCAGUGUAGCAUCCCUGAUAGCGGCAAAAGCUAGGUUACGCUACCAUCGCAUAAGGACAAAACGCCGAAUGCGGAAGAUUGUGGAAUAUACACAAUGCACCACAUGGAGGUAUGAUGGUGGUGAGUACGAGGAUGGUACUACUUUGGAUUUCAACACAGGAAACAUCAAAGAGUACCGGUGGAAAUACAUGAUAAAAAUCCUUAUGCACCCAGCCAACAAAAAUAAGGACAAAAUCCUUGAAGCAAUGCACCAGUUCUAUACAAAUACUGCUGAAGAAGAACAAAAAAAAAUUCCAGAUCAUGUUGAUUUGAGCAGCAAAUCUUACUACAAUGACAGAAAAAUUCAAGGAUGGGUUAAAUGA